AGCUGUGGCUCCUCUGCGCAAAGCGACCAGACACAACAGCGCAGGACACGGGUUCACAUAGGACUAUUACUCAACUUCACCAGCUUCUUUUUAUCGCACUAGACUGCAUUUUAUUGAGCUGUUCCUUCUACUGACAGAGCGUCUUCUUCCAGCGCAGCACGUGGACUGGAGCUACAAGAUUUUACAAUGACUGUAGCCCGAUGAUCAGGUCUCACGCUGAUGGAGAACGACACGUGGCACCAAGCGUACGUCCCUCACUACCUGCUCAGAGGAGACCCCUUCGCUUCCAAACUCUCCCCAGAGGCCGAUAUCGUUGCAGCCUUCUAUGUUUGUAUUAUAGGGGUCAUGUCUGCCACAGGAAAUGGAUAUGUGAUUUACAUGAGCAUCAAGCGUAAGACCAAACUGAAGCCUCCUGAACUGAUGACUGUAAACCUGGCCAUAUUCGACUUUGGAAUAUCAGUGACAGGAAAGCCCUUUUUCGUUGUGUCCAGUUUCUCGCACCGCUGGUUGUUUGGAUGGGAGGGCUGCUCCUUCUACGGCUUUGCGGGCUUCUUCUUUGGCUGUGGGAGUCUAAUCACCAUGACGAUGGUUAGCUUGGACCGCUACCUGAAGAUCUGCCAUCUCAGCUACGGCACCUGGCUGAAGCGGCACCACGCCUUCCUGGUGCUGGCGUUUAUCUGGCUAUAUGCUGCGUUUUGGGCGACGAUGCCCCUGCUGGGCUGGGGUAACUAUGCGCCCGAGCCCUUCGGGACAUCCUGCACUCUGGACUGGUGGCUGGCUCAGGCCUCUGUAUCGGGCCAGAGCUUUGUUCUGUCCAUCCUCUUCUUCUGCCUCAUCCUCCCCACCAUCGUCAUCGUCUUCUCUUACGUUAAGAUCAUCUUCAAGGUCAAGUCUUCUGCAAAGGAGAUCUCCAACCUGGAUGCACGUGUCAACAAAAGUCAGAACCUGGAGAUGAAGCUCACUAAGGUGGCCAUGCUGAUCUGUGCAGGCUUCCUAAUAGCUUGGAUCCCUUAUGCCGUGGUGUCCGUGGUUUCGGCUUUCGGAGAGCCAGACUCUGUACCCAUCCCUGUGUCCGUCGUUCCCACACUGCUGGCCAAGUCGUCAGCCAUGUACAACCCCAUGAUAUACCAGCUGGUGGACCUCAAGAAGUCCUGCGCCAAGUCCUCCUGCUUCAAAGUCCUGGAGAAACGCAGCAACUUACGGGAGCCCAGAUUUUACAGCAUUGCGGGUUCACUAAAGAACGCCCCCCCAGCCAAAGACUCUCUUGUGGAGAUGUGAAGACGUGAAGACUGACUCUCUCCUGCAGCCUGUGGACCUGGCUUGCUUUGCCUUGCCUCCGUGCCCCCUCUGCCCCUUCACAUGCUGCUUACAUAUGAAGCCUCACCCUGGGGUCCUGCACCAUCUGCCUUCCUGCUCACCACCACUACACAGACUCUAGUGUACCAGCCACCUUGUGAUUUGUGAGCUUUCUAGAUGUUUCUCAGCACACUGCCGUACAAGAAAGACUCUGACCAUACUCAGGCUGAAAAUGCGAAAUUAUUUUUCUAUUUUUUAUUGAAUUUGUAAGUAAAGACAGAGAUUCCUUCUACAAAGGGUUUCAGGAGUAUUUUAGUUGCAUGUGCAGGUCGCCAUGUUGUGUUUUCUGUGGCUGAGGAUAUAAGCGUCACUGAUCUGAACACAUGUUUACAAUAACAAACGCAUAAAGCUGCCCUCCACCUCAGGUUUAAACUAAACUCUUUAAAAUAAAGUAACCUAUUCCAAUGGGGAGAUGUAUCCACCUCUUCUUAUUAAAAUGAAGAUGGCAUAAGCCAAACCUGGCUAUAACAUGAAAACUGAUUUGUAUGGCCCACAAUCUGAAUCAGACUUGUGUUGAUAUGUUUGUGGUCUGUCAGUCAGUGGAGCUCUGAGUAAACAUUCCACAUGAAGCCCUCUUUGUUCUCAGUGUUUGAACAUGUCCAAAGCACCUGCUUGACCUUGCACUCCUGCUACAGCAGCGCCCCCUGUGGUCCAAGUGUGUCUUGUAGACAUGUGCACUCACAAAUGAAUGUGUUUCAUUCAUGUAUUUGUAAGGAACACUUAAGUCACAUGACAUAGAGGACCAAUCAGAACAAAGCAUGAGACACUUCACAUGUGUGACCUGUACUGACUGGCAAGAGAAUCACUUUAUUUCCACUUUCUUGAACACUUUCACUCAAUAUGCAAACCCUGAUUGUUUUUUUCAUAUAAUGAUCCACAUGAUUAUAAUGUCUCGUCUAUGUAAUUCAGCCCUUGGUCAUCCAUCCUUGUUUAACAGCAGUUAACUCUCAGAGAGUUGUUUCCAAACAAAGUGAAACCCCAGGCUGUAUCACAGGUGUCCAGUGCAUCAUACAGAUGCUUAUGUUCACUGAGGAUUCUGCUGAAGGUCAUGUUGUUGUUUAGUUAUGGUUUUAUUUCUAAUCUCUAGAUUCUCUAAUGAGUUAUUCCAUCUAUUUUUACACUGGAAAGCAAACUCGGACCAAGCAAGACCAGACUAAUUCUAUUUGAGAGGAAAAGAAAAGGUCUAGAAAAGCAAGAGCAUAGUUUGAAAUUAUAAGUAUUUUGAACAAAAACAUAAAAAGUGUGUUUAUGAUGUAUUUAUAAAUGGUACCAAGGUCAUACACACACAUACAGCUAAUUGUACGCUUUUGCAGUAUGGGAUUGCAGUAUCGUCAUGUGCUAACCCUAAAUUGACAGUACUAUUAAACAUCUAUAUAUGCCAUUUUAAAUUGCACUAUUUGUACUUUGUGAAGAUGAACUCAUUAAAUUGUGCAAUAACUGAUGUAAUACUUGUAUUGUGUGAUGUAUUUAUAUUAUAAUAGUCACCUCUGCUGUCCCACAAUGGCAGUUUUUUGUUUGGUUUUUUUUAAUGUUAUGUUUCCUCAAAUUGAAUUAGUGUUAUUUCAUUCCUUUGUCAUAAUGGGUCUGAUCAAAUAUGUUUUCAUUUGAAUAUCCAUGCACUCAACCACAAUUAUCAUCUUUCUGUGACAAUCACAAAGUGUGAGUUACACUGCACAUGUAUGUGUAUCAUGUUAAUGCAUUUGGGUCGUUUGACUCCAUUGCUCUCACUGAUGAUUGUGGAGGAGAUGUGGAUGAGCUGGUCUUAUGUGGACAUACUGACUCAGGACUUCAGUCGGUCGUUCAGUGAAAUCUGGAGGAUAUUUGCACACACAUGUAAUGUAGUCUAUAUUGAUCCUUUUUUAUCCAUUGGUUCAGAAUGUAUUUUUGUGCUUUGUAUACCACUGGUUUGUACCUCAUGUGUAACCACUGUUAUUUCUGUGAGCAUUUCAUAUAUAUGGCUGUUAUCAUUAUAAAGAUAAAUCAGCACCAAUGAAUCAAAAAUAAACUAUUUCACUAC